CUGUUCACGACGUUGUAGGCUGGGAAUCUUCACCUACAAUAAUAAAGUCCUAAAUGGUUAACAUUUCACGUUUUUUCUUGGCUGAUCACACUUUUAGAAAACCUCAUAUCUGUCGUUCACCAUGAAACUGCUGGAUUGGCUGUUCAAGCCAUCUUCUUGGCUUAGUUCUGGUGCAUUACCAAACAGAUUAUAUAGUCGGCUAGUCGCGUUUACAAUUCAGCGAUUCUUGGGCCGUUUUCUAAAAAAUGAAAUUAAGUCCGACGACCUUAAUGUUCUUCUUUCUCGCGGGAUGCUUGUUUUGAACGAGUUGGCUUUGGAUGCUGAAUCAAUUAAUAACUUAUGGAAACAUCCUCAAUUGUCCGUCGUAAGCGGAGGUUUCAAACAAAUGAGCAUUCAAAUGUCUGCUAGUGAUUUAUGGAACGGGAAAAUACGAGUGUCUAUAUCCCAACUGCAUGUACAAUUGCAGCUGCACCAAAGCGAUUUCGAGGGAGGCUCAUUAUAUGAGGACGCGAUGUCUGAGUCGGAUUUCUUCGAAUCACUCUUAAAUGCAGCCAAAGAGGCUUCAUUGGAAGAGUUAUCUCAGACAGACUCGUUGAAUCAUGAUUCUGGACUCGAUUCACAGUCGUCACGAUCUAUUGCUAGUAUGUUAUCCGAGAAGCUAAUGAAUUCCAUUUGCCUAAAUGUGACCGAUAUUAAACUCGGAAUUGUCUUGUACUCUUCAGAUAAACACUUGGUCUGCUCUAUUGAAUCAGAGCGCUUCUGGCUUGACAGUCUUGACCAAAGUACAGCUACGCGGAAAGCAGGGAUAGGUUCAGUCCGCCUUUCGCUACGUAUGCAAGAUGAACUUGAUUCAGACUCGGCUGUUGGGUCGCCCAAAGCAUCUCGGGUGACAACAGCAUCUAAUUCACCUUCGGGCUCUACGGACUCGAUUGCAACUAUUGAUUCUUUUAAAACGGUGAUAGAAGAAGAAGAUCCAGUAUAUAAAAGUGCAACCUUUCAGCCUCCUUCUGAUACACCCGUGUUAGAAGCAACUGUCUGUAAUAUUCGAGGACCAAUUGAAAUCCAAUUCCAGUUACAGAAUUCUUCUAUUGUGUACACGAGUUUACAAAUUGCUUCUGUUUAUGUACCCUUACAUCCUUUCGUCCUUUGGGCUUUUUCUUGCUUUCACAUUCUUUCUGCACAACCAAAGUUGUCACAGAAACAGAAUGAGCGGUCUCCUGAAUUAUCUCUGGACGUUAAUAUAAGUCAAAUCCACAUUGCCUUAUACCCUUCCCUCAUAUCCUCGUUCCCUGCUCCUGUCAUACAACCUCUUUUCCAUCAAUUUGCUUUUGACUUACAAGCAUCUCCCGCUUUUUUAACGGGUCUGUACUGUAUUCACGUUUCUAAUGCACGCAUGAUUAAUGACUUCAUUUUUGAUGUUUCACGAGUUUCCUUAUUCUUUCAUGAUGAAUCCAUACUUAAUAUGAGCGGCGAUAAUGAACUUUUCGCUAGUGGCAAGCUGUCUCUAAAUUCAGCAAUUGCCUCGGUCUCUGCCUCGGUCUCUCCUUUUUCGUUACAGUUGGCUGCACACGAUGUUUUUACUAUGGUUGCCGAACUACAAUUAUUUUCUGAUGUAACAAAUUCUCUUUUUGAUCUCUAUAAUGUUGCGCCUUCGAUAAGUUCGAACGACUCUAACCAAGCUUCAAUUCUUUCCCCUUCAACAGAUAAGUCCGGUUGUUUGACUUUCUCUGUAACCUUGAAUUCUGUUAAACUUAUUUUGACAUCUGACGAAUUUGCCCCAUAUGUAUCCGCUUGUAUUGACUUGUCUGAUUUCUCGAUAAUUUUCAAAAGAGAAGGUACCCGACAAGCUUUUGUUCUUCAUACCACCGAAGCUUGUUUUUAUUGGAAGUCAAGUAGUAAGCAGAGCAUUACCGAGAGACCCAUCACACUCAGACGCCUUUUGUGCGAGACACAUAGGUGUUCAUCAUAUCUCCCUUUCAAUGUUCGCGUUGUUGAAACACAGCUUGAUGCACUGGAGUUUGUUGAACUGGAAAAACCGCAAUUUGAUAUCCAGCGGAUCGCUAAUGUGGUAAUAGAAAGCAUUGAUCUUAAAUUAUCUAUGAAGGUAAUACAGGCAUUCUCUUCACUAGUCUCUGUUAUUUCAAUGAGUUCGAGUAACAGUAUCGAAAAAAGGACGGAUAAUGCGUUGGACAGCCUUCUCUUUAAAUUUCGAUUCGGGAAACUCUCUUGUCAGUUUACUUGCAAGGACACAUAUACAGUAUUUCCUACGUUUGUGAAGGGAAAAUUUGGCAUGACUAUAGCGUCUAAUGAAGUGGUUGACUGUUCUGCUACUAUAGAUGAACUGAGUUGCAAUGUCACCCAUCACAAAAGUGGUCAGCAUCAUUCGGUCAUCUCUCAUCUUAAGGGUUUGCACUCAUCUAAGAAGCAAAAUGUUAAUUUGAAUCUUCUAUUCUCGAGCUCAACGAAUGAGCAACUUGUUUUGCUUGUUUCAUGCGUAUCUAUUGACCAUUAUUACUCAUUUCCUUGGAUUCAGGCAUUCUUGGAGACAUACUUCGAGGCGGAUCCAGAAAAACCAUUCCUACAAUUUCCUUCUUUUGCUCACUCAAUUGAGUUAAAAUUUGAAAAUGUCCUUCUGGGGUUCAAUUGUCCAACAACGUAUAGUCGAUUGCUUGCUUUAAUGGAAAGUGCCUCCAUGCUUAUUGAUCCCAUUGCUGAUCCAACACAGAUCAGCGGUUUAAUUGAAGUGCAUUCCGUUCGUGGUUUUCUUAUUGACAAUAUCGAUAAAUCACCGUUACCUAAAUCAUCGGGCGUUUCGCCGACAUUUACACAAGAUUUGUGUGCUUUAUUCAAGGCAUUAGGUUAUGUUCAAAUAGCCCAAUUCAGAGGCUUAAAUAUCAAGGCGAUGUUGAAAUUGCGGCAAGGUCAACCAUAUAUUACACUUGAUGUGAACAGUUGUGAUGCACAUGUAAGUGUCUGUGCUGACAGUUUUAAAACAUUGAAUGAGUUCCUAGCGUCAGUGAACAUGAAUGAACCUGCCUCCUCAUCUAAUUCAGAUCAAAAUACUUUUGUUGUCAGGCACUCCGUCGAGCUAAUGUCCGCUAUUGACAAGGACUUUUUUAACAGUCAAGACAUGCUCCUGAAAUUGGAACCAGAUGGUCUGGAAGCACCUUCAUUUGCUUUGCAAUUUGAUGAUGACUUCUUUGGGUCAAACUCGGAACAAAAGUUAUCUAGUUCCCCGUCUGAAGACAUUGAAUUAGUAUCCAGUAACUCUGCUUCUAGCACAUUUUCGGAAGUUUUGUUCCAAAGUCCCGUAAACAGUUCGGCAGAUGUUAAUUUGCCAAAGAGUGAUCUACCAAACAUCAUGUUUGAUCUCACUGAAAAUUAUUUCAGAAAGGAUGAUCAGACGGUAUCUCAAGUGCUUCAAGCUUCGACAAACGUUGACAAUCCUUUUACUUUAACGUUUCAUGAUAUUAAUGUAACCGUUGACUUACAUGAUGGUUAUGAUUGGAGUACAACUCGCAAAACUCUUGCAGAAUCUAUAUAUCAUUACCAAACUUGGUCAUCCAAGAAGUCGAAUGUCGAGAAAAAGGGUUCACAUCCUAAAGUUGUAUAUGGUUGCUUAUGUAUUGAUCGGCUGCAUACGAUUGAAGAACCAUCAGAAGCUUCCUUGCGUGAACCCAUUGAUACGCCAAUACCAGAGUUCCUUAAAAAGAGAGCCUUCACUUUACACUUGGGUCGUUCAUUUGAACACAAAACAAAGCUACAAUUAAGCAAUGUCUGUGGUCAUUUUCUAUCUACUGCCAAUCCUGAAAUGCCAUAUGAUAUUUUGCUCAAAUUGUCGGAUUUGUGUAUAUAUGAUAAUAUGCCCACUUCUCAUUGGAACAAAGUCUUAUCGUACAAUAGGGCUUUUGGUCCGAGAAAUGAGAAGAAGCCGUUCGUGCAACUGAAAGUCGUUCGAGUAAAGCCGGUGAAGGAACUGGAUUCAUCGGAACUCCGUAUGACUGUUCAUGUUGCGCCAUGCAAACUUCGUUUCGACCAAGACACACUUGAUCAACUCAUUCGAUUUUUCCUAUUUCAGCCAACCAACUCCUCGGCUAGUGUUGAACGUCCAUUAUCACACACUGAUGCCCCAUACUUACAGCAGCUUGUAUUUUCCGGUGUGGUGCUGUCUUUCGACUACAAACCGAAGAGGGCAAGUCCGUAUGUUUUGCAGAGUCAUUUGUACAGUCAACUUUCCAGUCUAUUUACGUUACAAAAUUCCCAAGUUUAUCUACGUGAAGUCGUUGGUAAUGGAUUAUUGGGGUUCGACCAAGUUGGUAAACUGUUGUUAAAGCUUUGGCUUUCUGACAUCCGACACAAUCAACUUGAAGAUGUGCUAUCUGGUAUUGUACCUGUGCGAACAUUGUUAACUGUUGGUGGGGGUGUCAAAGAUCUGUUUGUCGUUCCUGUGAAGGGAUACCAAGAAGGACAUUUUAUGACUGAAUUGGGCAAAGGGCUUUUAAAGUUUGCCAAAACUACAUUUCGUGAGGCAGUACUUGUGAAUGCACAAUUGGCGACAAAAUCACACGGUGUUAUGCAUCGAUUGGAGAAGUAUCUACAGUUUGAAGAACAGACGGAACUUGUUAGUCCUUAUAUGGGUCAACCGGAAUCGUUCGUGAAAGGUUUGCGUGAAGGAUUUUCGGGUUUAAAGCGACAAUUAGCUACCACAAAGUCAACUAUUGAACAGCUCCCCUCGGAUUUGACCCAACAACGAGACGUUGCCAGUGUUGCGCGAAGACUGUCUCAUAAUGUGCCGCUUGCUUUUGUUAAACCCAUGGCCGGCGCAACAGAGAUUGUGUCAAAAGCACUGUUGGGACUCUCUAAUACCUUGGACCCUAGUAGGAAACAAGAACUCAAAGAUAAAUAUAAAAGUAUCUCUCGGUCAAGUUCAUCAAGAAAUUUCGACGACACUAAUUAGGUCUACGUGAUUAUGGACAAGUAAAUAUGUCCUAAUACAAAGCAAUUACUAUGGUAAUGUUUCUUAGAGACAUAGUAAUUGUUAUGAAAAGAAAUAGUAGCAGUUUUUAGCUUCAAAUUGGUGACUUGUUGGCGUCAGGGAGUGGAUGAACGCACUAUACCAUUGUUGCAGCUUUCUUUAAUAUGAAUAAUUCAUCUGUAAUGUUGAAUUUGGU